AAUCCGCGUGUGCUUCGUGUGUCUUCGUGAUUGGAGUUGUGUGGCGUGUGGAGGCUGUUGCCGUGUGAGCCGUGCAAUUAUGGAAAACUGAUGGUACCCUUUCACUAGCCUAUACCAGCUGGCGUUUUUUAGUUAGUCGCAAAUAAUAGCACCAAGAUGGCUUCAAUGAAUGGCCCAACAGCUAUGGGAACGGAUGGUCGCGACUUCCUACACCGACAGAGAGUGGCCUCCCAGUACCAACUGAGUGCUCAGAUGAAAUGGCGGCUCAAGUUUUGUGUAGUGAUGCACCUUUUGCUGUUCAUCUUGAUGGCAGCGAAGUUGUCAGCAGAUGUCUUAGACAGGCUGGACAUAUUUGUUCUAGAAAUAGAAGAAUUAGAAAUACCACAGCCAGUGAAGUGGGAGUAUCUUUGGGCCUUCAGCAUCCUUUAUUCAUUCUGUGCUCUUUCUGCAUGCAAGAAAAAUAGCAUUUUCUACUUGCAGGUAUACAUAGGUGGCAUCGCUACGCUCGGCCUGGCGCCCGCCUUGUUCGCCUUCGUCUAUUACCUGCCGGACGCGUACAGCUUCGUCUCUACCGGCUCCAAAGAGAACGUGUUUCUGUGGCAGGGCCAGCCGUACUGCAUGAUGAACCUCGCCUUCUUGGUACCGACGCUGCAAGUGCACAGCUUCGCGCUGUACUUCAGCAGCCGCCUGCUGACCGCCUGGAAGGCGCGCGGCUCCAAGAAGGCGCAGUGACCUGGUCGCCGACCUGCCGCCGGGCCGCCAGCCGGCCGCUCGCGCUGACCUGCCGGCGGCGCCCCUCGUCUGGUGACGCGCACAGGGCCCGGGCGCUGACACGAGCUGGGGAGCCGAAGGGCCGGCCGGCCGUCCGCGGCGCUUGUUUGUAACGCCCGGGUAUGGCUCGGGGAAUUUGCAUGAUGUGAAGAACGUUGAAACGUGGAAGCAGCAGGUCCUGAGAUUGCCGUGGCGGUCGAAUGUGAGGUCAUCGUGCGAGGCACCCGCGGGCGAGCGAGCCGAUGUGUUCUGCCCCCUUGAUGCGGAUUGCCGGAAUCGAUAUUGCGGCCUUGAACCAAGCCACCUAUGUUACGUCCCGGUUAACAUCUAGUCAACCCUCCCUGGCACUCCUCUCCCCUCGGAAUCAGUGGAAAUCACUCUUCGUGCGCCGUGUCGGCCAGCUCUUGUUCGAUUCGACUGGGGCAUUUUCAACUGCGAGCCACCGUUAUUUUCUCUUCGAGCGUGAUUUCGUCCACAGUUCCUCGGACCCGACGGAUAACAGCUCAACUGUCCGUUACGUAAUGCUAGGAGAGUUUUUAUAACAUAUUUGACCUGUGACAAUCACGCGUGGACCUGAGCUUGUCGAGAAAUAAACAUGUU